UCGAGCUAAUGAGAGUGCCGACGCACGUACUUCUGACCAGUGCUCCACUACGUACUGCUAGCUCUAAGUGGAAAGUUUAAUGCGUAGCUCUUACACGUUCUUGAACAGCUACUUAGACCCGUCUGUCUUUUCCUGUCUCUCUAUUUAAAAGUUGUAGUGACUGGCUGGAGACCGCGUGACGCGUUACUUUCUCUCUAUCUCAGCUAACCCCCAGAACGGGGCAGGUAUAAAGUGGUGUCGGAGAUAGGACAGAUGUACAAACUCCAUGUGAACUCCCGUGAAAGCGUACCCGCUCUCCUACUAUACAUGGCGUUAUAUCACCGACUUAUCAUAGAUUAUCAUAUCUAGCGGGUUUUAUCAGCAACUGUGUCCCAACCUGCACCCGUAGGACUGGCCGUGUGCCUAUUCAGAUCGAAAGCUCUGACAACCCUCAGCCGCUGUCCCUCAUCACCAAGGGAGAACGUUGUUCUGCACUUCGUCAACGAUUUCACCUGGAAUUCCGUAACAAAGGAUAAACGCCCUUAUCAUAAACCUGGCCGUUUAUAUUUUGCUAUCAUGGAAGACUUUUUGCCGCUUUGCUCAAGUUUAGAGCGCGAACAGUAUACUUUACAACGCUUGAACUCUUCGGGUGAAGAGAGCGAUUCGAGUUUGGAGGACUUACGAAGUGGAAGUCCAAGCAGCUCUUGGAGCAGCGAAAGCAUGGACGAGGAUGUGUACCUUGAGUACCUGUUCUCACAAGGCCUCGCCGAUUCUAUCGAGAAACCACAGCUCGCCCAACAGGACUCAGUCCAUAAGGCCCCAGGGCAAGUCUCUGCUUUCUGUGACUCCUAUUGCGCCAACAUAUUUGGCGACAAGCCGACCAUUGAGCCUGUGCCAGAAACUCCAAACUGUGAAGAAACGUUCCCUAGUUCAGGGAGCGGAGAUUUUGUGGUUCUUGGUGUUGGUCUGCAGAACUUAAUGCACGCAAAUGCUUCAACGGAAAACAAUUAUGGAUCAGCUCCGCCAACCACCAGUCACAGCCGUCAGUUUCACCAAACGUCAAUGUUGAGUCCAAAUCCGACCGGUUAUUGUCGUCUUGGCCCGCCAUUCCAGCGGCCCAUUGACCCACCUAGAGAAUCCGGAAAAUUGCCAGCCAUAUCAACAAUUCUUCAGCCAUCAGGUAAAUUCGAUAACAGUCACUAUACCUCUUCGUCUGCCCAGUCAACUGUGCUUACAUCAAGUUCCAGGACGUCGUAUUUAGCCCCUCAGAACAACGGGUUUCACACCGCCAGAUACAGAACGGGUUCAAACAAAACCGCUUCACCCAGAAUGCCAGGUAGGGAAAAAAUCGAGGAAAAAAUUUACCAUUGUACAUAUGCAGGUUGCAAUAAGGUCUACAGCAAAAGCUCCCAUUUAAAAGCCCAUUUGCGUCGGCAUACCGGGGAGAAACCAUUUGAAUGUACGUGGCCGGGAUGUGGAUGGAGAUUUUCUAGGUCGGACGAACUUGCAAGACAUAAGAGGUCUCACUCGGGUAUUAAGCCUUACCAAUGUACAAUCUGUGAGAAGAAAUUCUCCCGGUCAGACCAUCUAUCGAAACACUUGAAGGUCCAUCGGAAAAGGUGACUGAGUUAUGUAGGUUUGAAGUUUUCUUGUCUCUGAGUGAUGGCAGCGUUUCCAACAACAACGGUGUGCGCGCCAGUAAACUUUCAACACACCAUAUGACACAUGCGAGAAACCCAGAAACAGUGACCAUUCAAAGCUUGUGUUUGUUCGUCGUGAUAUGAUUUUGGUGGUCAGAUGAGCCCAGCGCCAUUGACGGGAUGCAAAGGUUUCAAGGGGACAGCUCACGUUAGCUUGACAACGAUGUGCUAAAAAAGUGUGUAAAUGCUAAGGUGAGCAAGGCCACCAGCCCGUGCAAAGGACUAUUGCUGGUUUAUUUUUCUUCUUCUUCUUCUGUUUUUUUUUUACAAACAAGCUCAUGAACUUGUAAUCUUUAAUGACGGUGCGUGUGGGAAAGCCAUUUAUGCAAAUGCUAUGCACCACGUGAUCUCCUUAGUUAAAGUGACAUCGUCGUCGAUCUCUACAUUGCUGUUGUUAUGAUCGUUAAAAGGGCAUUGCUUCAGAUCAUUUGAAUCCCCAGGCUUGUUGGAGUUGAUGAAAACGUUUUGUGGGCAAUGGCAGGCCUGCUUGAGUUCAGACCCCGAGGGAAGCUGUAUAGCUAUUUAACGACAUGUUAAUGAAUUGCCUGUUAUCCUUAGGUGUAUACAUGUACAAGGUGUACACGUGGGUUCAGCGUAUAAAUGGUAACUAUGUGACGUCUUUAUAUCUUCAAUACAUAAUACUACAGACUGAAAACAAUACCAAAGAUUCCCAGUGUUAAAUUUCCAUAUGAAAUCCUAUCUCUGGUGAGAGAUGUAAUAUUCACGGUACCAGGCACUGCUGACCCCAGCAUAGACUAGGACAUCUGUAUAGUUUGUCUUACGAUACAUCUUUGUAUUCUUAUAUAGCCAGUUGUAGACGUAGAACUCUUCACUUGUAGCUGUGUCCUUAAUAUAAUUAUGCUAUCUAAACUACACAGGCCAAUAUACGUUGAAGGCAAUGUAACUGUUAAAACAUU